AUGGAAAGUAAAGGCACUGACACAGUACAGUCUGCCUGCCAGCCCUCAGGUACCCUUUUCCAGAUUUGUGUCAACUCUGAGCCUGAUCUCCUGUUGGGCUUUCUGGACAGUCUGGACCCAGAGAUGUUUCUCAGAUGUGCUGAUUCAGAGUCAACGUGCCUGGAAAACCUGGAGAAAGAGAUCUUCGGAAAAACAAAUUCCAUAUCAACCUUCAUCUCUCCUCCUUUGGGGUCCCCAUCAGCUAAGCUGGAGGCCAUUAAUGAAUUGAUAAGGUUUGAUCAUGUAAAUACAAAGCCCCUAAUACUGGAGAUUCCUGUUGAAGCAAGCAACCAAACCAAUAUGCUAGUGAAAAUUGAGAAAGAAUCUCUCUCUUCAUCUGAAGACAAGGCUAUCCCUGAGGUCCCAGCAUCUGUGAAGGAAGAACCUGUAGACAGCUUCAUGCCUGAACUGGGCGUUUCUCAUUUGCUUUCUUCUCAUCCUAGCCUUAAAGCCUCAAACUACUUGUUGGAUGCCUGUAAUGACUCUGGGUAUGAAGGAUCCCCGUUGCCCUUCAGUGACAUGUCCUCUCCACUUGGCACUGAUCAUGUGUGGGAGAACAGCUUUGCUAGUGAACUCUUUUCCCAGCUGAUCAGUGUUUAUCUUGGUAGUGUUAACUCCCCUUGGGUAACUAUCCUGGCAGAUAUCAGCAUAUGCCCCUUUGUGAAGUGUGUAUGGGGAAAAUCAAGUGUAUUCAGAAAAGUGUUGCUCUCUUCUACCCAUGCUAGUAGAUGGAGUGAUGGUAUGAAGAAACAUAGGGUGUCCUGCUCUGCCCCCCCAUCAGUGUUGGCUUAUGAGCGAGGAAACUUUGUUUCUCAAUAA